AUGAAGAAAUCUGAUGACAUCAUCUCAUCUUCGUCUGCUAUAGUCAGUCGUGAACAAGAGGCAGAAAAGAAGACAAAGAAGAGAAAGAAUCAAACAAAAUCUGGAAAGGACAACACAAAACAACCAAAAACUAGUGAGGACAAAAAAAGUGUCGAAUCGAUUGAACCAGCCCAAAAUAUUACAUCUUGUUCAGCAUCCAGUACAGGACAAAGUAGUAGCAAUUCUAUAGGAUUUAAUAAUUGGAUGCAAGCAUCAAACAGUGGAUCUAGUUCAUCAACAACUACGAUACCUUUUACCAUAGGAGUCGAGCAACAUAUUUCAGAGAAAGAGAACGAACAACAGCACAAUGAGGCUAGUAACAGCAAUUUUUCCUUCCUUAAAAAAGUUUUUACUCAUAGUGCUGAGUCUUUUCUGUUUGACAACACAAACAGCCAAUCUAGUUUUUUAAUUCCUUCACUUUCAAAUUUAGCAGCAGAGGAAUUAACCAGCAACCACUUGUCAGUUUUUGCUGACUCCAACGCGAAGGAUAAUUUGAAUUUAUCUAGCCAUUCUCUUGGGUUCAACACCCAAAGUGAAAAAGAGUUUGUGACCUCUUCGAUCAAAGAGUCUGAGAAAAAUCAAUGCAGACAAGGAGGACACCAAACAAUGCCACAACAGACAAAUCAAAAUCAUAACGGCGAUCAUGCUGGUCAGAAUGUUCAAACAACACAGGCAACUUCGUUUUUGGAACAAUAUUCGUCGCUGCUUUUUGAUAUGUGUCGAACGGAUGAGGAAAUACGUCAAUUGUUUCUUGAGGCGAAACAUUUAGCUAAAUCAGACGAUCAUUUCAUAUUCAUUUUGCAUGGAUAUAGAUUAGGAGUUUUGUCAGGAUUGCGAAUGGCCAAACAGCAACACAAAUAA